AUGCCAGACCCGUACUACUGGACUUGGCUUCCGUACGCCAAACAACCCUUUUCUAAUGAGACCCGGGAUCUCAUUUUGCCUCAACUUUCGGAUAUGAAUUAUGUACAGGAAUUAUGCGACGAACUCUACGAACUCUUUAAAAAUGAUAAAGGGUUUGAUAGAAAUGUUUUCGAGAAACAGAUGUCUGUGAUGAGAGGACAGAUAUUAAAUUUGACACAAGCUUUAAAAGAAGGCAAAUCUCCCGUACAAUUGGUUCAAAUGCCGGCCGUUCUGGUGGAGCGAAGUCGUGGCGCUCAAAGGGGACGCAUACGAGCCAUGACUGAGACAUUCACGCAAAGCUUUCAACGAAAAACUCCAUUCUUCUCGUGGUGUUGAGUGCCGUGACUUCGGUGGCGAUCACGUCGUCCAUCGAUUAAUUAAAUUGUUUUCUAUUCAACUAAACUAAAGAUUCUUUAACUAAGUGUUAAUUAAAAAACAUUUAUUUAUCAGAAGUUUUUAUUUUCGAGUCAUAACCUAUUGUUUUGAGAGUCACUUAAAUAUGAUUGAUUAUUGCCUAAUGUCUGUGAUAUUCACAACUUUUCCCGAAUAAUAACAAUAAGUAUUGGUUUCGUUAGGAAUAUAUUAAAG